GUGUUUGCGCUCCGCGGUGUGACAAAGUGUUAAGUACGUUUGCCUUCGCCCACGAUUAAUAGUCUCAGGCGUAUUUUAAACUCCAAAGCCAGCCAUGUCGUCGGACGCCCUGAAGAAGCGAAAGUCGAAGGUCGUCCGCAGUGAAGGAGGAACCCCGGAGAUGAAGCGAGGUCGCGGAGAGGGGGACCAGCAGGAUGCACGUGUGUAUAAUGAGGAGGUGGAGCUGGAUGGCCGUGACCCUGAGCAAGACUAUCUGCAGUACAAGGUGUCGUGUGAGAGUUUGGCCACGCUCAUGAAUGAGAUCCAGGAGCUUAAAUCCAAUGGAGCCAAGGAGGGGUGUGCCGAGGUCGAGCUGAGACGUAUGCAGAGUUGCAUCCACUUCAUGAAUCUGAAAAAACUCAAUCGUCUGGCUCACAUGCGACUAAAGAGAGGCAGAGACCAAACACAUGAUGCAAAGCAGAAAGUGGACGUGCUGCACCUUCAGCUACAGAACCUGCUGUAUGAAGUUAUGCAUCUUCAGAAGGAGAUCAGCAAGUGUCUGGAGUUCAAAUCCAAGCACGAGGAGAUAGACUUGGUCUCUGAGGAAGAGUUCUUCCAGGAGGCCCCAGCAGAGAUAUCCAGGCCUCACCUCACUAAAACUGACCCCCACCAACUCACACUGGCUCGACUGGACUGGGAGCUUGAACAGAGAAAGAGGUUGGCAGAGAAAUACAAGGAGUCACAGUCCACAAAGGAGAAGAACCAGAAGAGCAUUGAGGUGAAGAAGGAACAUCUGACAAGUUUACAGCCAGGACUGAACGCCAUCAUGCAGGCCUCUGUCCCAGUGCAGGAGUACCUCUCCAUGCCCUUUGAACAGACACAGAAACAGACUGAGGUCGCCCGCCAUCUCCCUCCACCUCUGUAUGUCCUGUUUGUUCAAGCCAAUGCCUACGGCCAGGCCUGCGACAAGAACCUGAGUGUGUCAAUCAGUGGUGAUGUGGAAGAGGCCAAGGCCUUGUCAAAGCCUCCAGAAGAUUCCCAGGAUGAUGAUAGUGAUUCAGAUGCUGAGGAAGAGCAAGAGAAAACGAAGAGGAGAAGGCCAACUACAGGUGGUCAGCUGGACGACAAAAGACGAGAGAUGCUGAAGAGGCACCCUCUGUCCCUCUGCCUCGACCUCAAGUGUAAAGAUGGCAGCAUCCUCCAUCUCUUCUUCUACUACCUGAUGAAUCUGAACAUUAUGACGGUCAAGACCAAGGUCUCCACCACCACAGACCUGACCACAGCCAUCAGUGCAGGAGAUUUGCUGAAAUCAGACACUCUUGUCAGCUGUCUCUACUCUAGUGACCAGGGACGUGAAACACCCAAUCCAGCGAAUCGUUACCAGUUUGAUAAAGUCGGGAUUGUUUGCUUUGCUGAUUACGUGGAGGAGCUGGGCCAUCCCUACAUGUGGGUUCAGAGUCUCGGAGGACUGCAUUUUCCGAGUGAUGCUUCAGACGGUGUGUGUGCGGGCAGUUCACUGAGUGCCAGCCACAUGGAGAACACCAUGAAGCUGCUGAGGGGACGGGUCCAGUCCCGCUUGGCUUUGCACAAACAGUUUGCCUCUUUAGAGCACAGCAUCAUCCCAGUCUCUGCUGAGUGUCAGCACCUCUUUCCUGCCAAGAUUGUCUCCCGUUUAGCUCGCUGGACCACGAUCGCACACCAGGAGUACAUGGAUCUGUCAUAUACGCGUCAUGUGACUGAGGCUGGUCUGGCGAAGGAGACUGGUCUGUACUUCAUGGCAGUGGUUGAACGAGGCACAGCUCGUCUCCAGGCCGCAGUGGUGAUGAGUCCACGUUACCCAGCGAUCUCGCCUCUUUUCUCCCUCUCCCUCAGCUGGAAGGGUGAACGCAGCGGACGCACGGAUGACAACCUUCGAGCCAUGGAAUGUGAGGUCAACGUGUUUAAAAACGAACUACAGGGACCACGUCCAGGACACCAGCUCCUGACCAAUCAGAUCGAACGCCUGUGUGUCUGCCUGGAUGUGUAUUUGGAGACUGAGGAACAAGAUGACAGCGUGGAGGGACCACGAGAGUUCCCCCGUGAAAAGAUGUGCCUGCGCACAGUCAGGGGUCCAAAUCGUCUGAAGCCGUUCAAGUACAACCAUCCUCAGGGCUUCUUCAGUCAUCGCUGAGCCUGUCAAUGAUCCUCCCCACUGUACCUACUAGUUUUAACUACCCAAAUUUAACUUUGUGACUGUGACACAACAUUUUUUAGUCUUUCUACCAAACUGAAAAUAAAAGAACUUUUGCUUAUUUUCUUGAA